UUCAUAUUGUGGCAUUCUUUUAUUUUUGCAACAUGCUUAAUCAUAUUUGUGAAUCAAAUUCUGGGUUACUAUUAUUGUUUUUAAUUUGAAAUUCACAAUUAUUCACAAGUUUUGGAAAAAAAUUUUGGAAAAUUUUGUUUGAUUUAAUUACUUUGGAAAACUUAUUUGUAGGGAAUUUUUCCCAAAAAUUUUUAAGGAAUUUUUCCCAAAAAUUUUUAGGAAACACAAACCAAAUAAGGCCAAUAAAAUCUCUCUCCUCACCAUUUCUUCAUCUCAAAGUCUUACUCUAUUCCAUUGAUAACAACCACAGCCUAAACCAGUGUCCCUAGUGUACUCAUUACAGGAGAAACUAGAGAGAGAGAGAGAGAGAGAGUUAGAAGGAAAUGGAGGUGGGUAGAAGAAAGCGCAUAACAUGGGAGAGCAGAAUCAAGAGUGAUGAACUCAAUGGAGGACUCAAAAUCUUCCAUGGUGAAGAAGAGAACUCGGAAGAAAGUCGUCCUGAAACCCAGACUGGAUUCCAGAGGAUUUCUCAAACCCAUAAUAAAUUGCAGAGUUUAGCUGAUUUGGUUAUGUGGAGAGAUGUCUCAAAAUCAGCAUUCAUGUUCGGUAUUGGAACAUUUAUCAUAAUUGCAUCAUCUUACACCAAAGAUAUCAAUAUCAGCUUCAUAACUGCGGUUUCUUAUCUGGGUCUUGUCUAUCUUGCUGCAAUCUUCUUAUUCAAAUCCAUUAUUUGCAGGGGAGUUAUAGGAGGAGAUGAUACAAACCAAGACUACAUUGUUGGGGAAGAAGAGGCAGUAUGGUUAGUAAAAAUGAUUAUUCCUUAUUUGAAUGAGUUUCUUCUAAAGUUCAGAACCCUUUUUUGUGGAGAUCCUGCCACUACAAUGAAGUUGGCAAUCAUGCUGUUUGUUUUGGCGAGGUUUGGCAGCACCAUAACUAUUUGGAAGAUGGCCAAAUUGGGGUUUUUUGGAGUAUUCAGCGUACCAAAGAUAUGCUCAUCGUAUUCCACGCUCAUCACUGCCUACGGUAAAUUUUGGAUUGGACAAUUGAGAGACGCUUGGGAAUCAUGCUCACACAAGAAGGCUGUGGCUUUUGGCAUCUUUGCCCUUGUAUGGAACCUGUCAUCGGUCGUAGCUCGCAUAUGGGCAAUGUUCAUGUUAUUUGUGGCGUUCAGAUGUUAUCAACAAUCACUUGUGAGAGAUGAUUGGGUAGAGGAUGAAGCGAAAUGUGAGACCACGUGUCAAGUGCAGAUUGGAGGACAAAGACAAAGGCGUAGGCCUACCUUAGUGGAAUUAAAAGAAAGAAAAUAAAUAAAUAAAAAAAGGUUAAAGAAUGCACACACACUAGAGUUAUUAUAACUAAAGUAGUUGUGCCACUGAUUUGAUCUAAUUAUCUGAUAUAAGAGAAUAAUAUUUAGCCUUUUUUUUGCAUUUUUAAU